AUGAUAACGCGGAGACCACCCACCUGCUUAGGCUGCCUUAGAAGGGCCCUGGCCACCAGCAUAAACGGAAGCAGCAACGCCUCGCUGGUUCUGACGCAGGUCCGUGGAAAGACAAAGACGGCGCGCGACAGGGACGAGGAGGGCGGCAUCGUCGUCCGGCUGCUUAAGAAUGUCCCAGAGUAUGGGCCUAAAAACACUAUCCUCCGGGCCCCACGAGGUCGCGUCCGAAACAUGUGGUACCCUGACGGCAAGGUCGAGUACAUGACGCCCCAGCGCUUCAUCGAGCUGGGCGUUGACCAGUCUGCCAUCGUCGAGCGAGACCCCAUGUACGGCUUGGAGGUCGAGAAGCCGGUCGAGAAGCCGGUUGAGAAGAAGGCCACCAAGCCCAAGGCUGCCGAUGACAAGGUGGUCAAGAUCCAGCCGCCCAGGCCCCAAGAAGCCACCGCCCUUCUGUACAACCUGCUCCCCAAAAUCCUGACCUUUGAGCGCGCUGCCAUCUCGGCGGGCGGCAAGACCAAACAAGACAGUAGCCCGGCGGUGGCAGAGAGGGCCGUGUACCGGUCUCCGCUGGUAGCGCGCAACGCGAGCGUGUCGCACGAGUCCGCUGCCAACGCGCCGCCCGAGCCCAUUGCUAUCUUCGGGUCCGUCAGCACCGCCGACGUUGCCGCCCGCGUCAAGGAGCUGCUCUCGGGUCACCGCGUAGCGUCGCUCAUCGCCGUCGAGGCCAAGCACGUCAACAUCGUGGGCGCGCUGCUCGAGAACGGCGAGGUCGUCCGCGCCGGCGACCCUGCGACCGCCGCCGUCGCCGCCGUCGAGGGCGACAAGGUCAAGCAGCUGGGCAGGUGGGAAAUUACCAUCGAGGUCCCCGGUGGCGCCGAGGCUGGCGUCAAGCCCAUCAAGAAGGUUAUGGAGGUUGUGGAUAUGGCCGACAAAAGUGCCCAAUAA